CCUUCCUCCCCACUGUCUCCCCCUCUCUAGAAAACAAUCAGAGCAGGAGGAGGAAGAAAUGCAGCUGCUUGAAACUGAGAGACUUAACGCCACUGUGAUCUGAAGCUUCCUCACUGACUCUGCCUCGGUUCCUCCUCCUCUCAUCUCUCGAGAGCUUCCAAAGUCGACCCAAGAACUGGGAUUUCAGGGGGGGCGAAGAAGACUGAGAGGCUCAUUUCAGCUCGACCCGAUGCUUCUGAUUUCCUCAGUCUGCCCUUAAGAAAAAUCAAUCAUUGUAGCCGCCAAGAUUCGACCAGAAAAAUGUUGAGAAAUGAGGAUUGACAGAUUGAGGAAUGGGUUGUGUGUUUGGCCGACAGCUAUCAUCCAGCUCUGUCCUGGGAUCUAAGGGGGUGAAGAGUUCGAGUGUCGAGACGAACAAAAAGCUCGAUGAUAAUGUUUCUGUGACAAAAGUUGAUAGGCAGGUUAGUAAAGUUGAGGUUUGUAAUGGUGAGAGAAAGUUGGAGGCAGAGGAGGAAAAGAAGGCUAAAGAUGAUCAACAGUCACGGGAGCUUCGGAGACGAUCGAGGACAAGUACAAGGCCUAGGAAUUUGCCGAAGCAUUCACAUGGGGAGCAGGUAGCCGCUGGUUGGCCCUCGUGGCUAUCAGAAGCAUGUGGGGAAGCACUUAGUGGUUGGCUCCCAAGGCGGGCAAACACUUUUGAGAAGAUUGAUAAGAUUGGUCAAGGAACCUACAGUAACGUGUAUAAGGCUAAGGAUAUGCUGACUGGUAAAGUUGUAGCCCUGAAGAAGGUGCGGUUUGACAACUUGGAACCCGAAAGUGUGAAGUUCAUGGCCAGAGAGAUUCUCAUCUUGCGGCGAUUGGACCAUCCUAAUGUUGUAAAGUUGGAGGGAUUGGUCACUUCACGAAUGUCCUGCAGCCUUUACUUGGUGUUUCAGUACAUGGAGCAUGAUUUAGCGGGACUUGCAGCUAGCCCUGAAAUCAAAUUUACAGAAUCACAGGUUAAAUGCUACAUGCAUCAACUCCUAUCGGGUCUUGAACACUGCCACAACCGCCACGUUCUGCAUCGUGACAUAAAGGGGUCAAAUCUUUUGAUUGACAACGAUGGGGUGCUCAAGAUUGCCGAUUUUGGGCUAGCGUCGAUGUUUGAUCCUGACAAUAAGCAUCCAAUGACUAGUCGGGUGGUUACUCUAUGGUAUCGACCUCCUGAACUUCUCCUCGGAGCCACUGACUAUGGUGUGAGUGUUGACUUGUGGAGUGCUGGCUGUAUUUUGGCUGAGUUAUUAGCUGGAAAGCCUGUCAUGCCUGGUCGUACAGAGGUUGAGCAACUUCACAAGAUAUACAAGUUGUGUGGCUCCCCUUCUGAUGCAUACUGGAGGAAAUACAAGUUGCCUAAUGCAACCUUAUUCAAGCCCCGGGAACCUUAUAAAAGAAGCAUCAAGGAGACCUUUAAAAACUUCCCUCCAUCGUCUCUUCCUCUCAUCGAGACUCUUCUUGCAAUUGAUCCUGAAGAGCGUCUAACAGCAACAGCUGCGUUACAAAGUGAGUACUUCAACACUGAACCAUACGCGUGUGAGCCGUCUAGCCUUCCAAAAUAUCCCCCAACUAAGGAAAUCGAUGCUAAACGACGAGGAGAUGAAGCUUGUAGAUUGAGGGCUGCUAACAAAGCACAAGGUGAUGAUGUAAAGAAAACUCGUACGCGUCAACGUGCUGUCAGGGCUUACCCUGCUCCCGAAGCCAAUGCUGAGCUUCAGCCCAAUAUCGAUAAAAGGCGAUUGAUCUCCCAGACGAAUGGGAAGAGCAAGAGCGAGAAGUUCCCUCCACCGCACCAGGAUGGAGUCACCUCCAUUCCUCUUGGAGCUUCCCAAUAUUUUGAUCCCGCCCUUCCUCCCGACGUCCCCUUCAGCUCCACCUCCUUCACCUACUCAAAGGAUCUAUCCCAGACGUUCUCUGGGCCGGUGGUGGACCCUGUGCAUACUGAUGCCCCCAGCAAGCGAAAGAAGCACAGUUCAAGCGGGUCCCGUAGAGACAAAGGCGCCAAUUCUCGUGUUGGAGGAAACAAGAGCAUAUCUUAGUCAAAGACUGCUGGAUCAGGUUUGGUCGCAGUGGGUUUUAGGGUUGAUAUAGGAGGAAUUGAUUGAUGGAAAGAUCAUCUGAGAGCAAACAAUGUCAUAAUGUUUUUUGAGUUUUUCUUAUUUAUUUAUUUUUUUUUAAAUCGCCUUUCUUUCUUAAGAAAACAAAUGUUUUUAAGUGUUUCUGGUGCUGUAAAUCUUCAUCGAAGCCGUGGAAAGAGUACAAUAAAUGUUGAAAAUUAGAAGCCCCAACUUCUUUUC